AUGGAAGAAUCAAACGGGCUGGGCCCAGAGCUCGAGUCCUUUAGACAGCAAUGGCUGUCCGAAGUGCGCACCAAGAAGGGCGAGCAAAGCACUCAACCCCAACUACGCAACUCUGUCCCAUCAGCCUCAACUGCUCCCCCUCCUCCAAGGAAGUCCAUGGCGCGCCGGCCCUCGCCUGCAAAGAGUAGAAAGGCACCUCCGGCAGCUGAAGAGGAAGACGAGUACCUCCAUGGCCGAUCCUUCGACGACAGCCCUGAACCCUCGGGCAACACCAUUGAUGGGUCGGUCCGUAUGCCGCCUGAGAGGGAGCUCGUUUCGGCGCUGGAUCACUACGAGGAGGCCAUGGAGAAGGAAGCCCUAGGCAACAUGGGCGAUAGUCUGAAACUAUACCGGAAAGCUUACAGAAUGGACCACGGCGUGCAUCGCCGCUACCGCGAGAAGCACUUCCCACAGCAUAAACAACCUCAAACCGCACCCACAGCGUCAUCAACUCAAAUCACAUCAACAGACGCCACGCCCGCAGGAGGCGACGCACCCGUCUUGCUCCCCAUCAAAGACCUCAUCGCCAGCUUUGCCGGCCUCCAAAUCGAAACAGCGCCCCCCGAAACAGACGGCACACCACCCGCGCCGUGCCCGCUCUCCUGCCUCCCCAGCGAGCUCCUCGUCCACAUCAUGCAGGACGUGGCGGCCCUCGACGUAGGCGACUUUGCGCGCCUCUCGCUCGUCUGCAAACCCCUCGCGUACCUGGCCGCCACUGAGGAGCGCACAUGGCGCCACGUCUGCCUCGGCGCGCGGUUCGGCUUCGCAGCGAUGCACCGCCGCUGGAGCAAGACAGUGGAAUGGGAAGCCCUCGACGAGGACGACGGGCCCGCCGGCACGACGACCGAGGACGCAGCCGCCACGGCGUCCCUCGUGCCCGUCCCCUACGCCUCCUGGAGGGCCAUGUUCCGCGGGCGGCCCCGGAUCCGCUUCAACGGGUGCUACAUCAGCACCGUCAACUACGUGCGCUCGGGGCAGGCGUCCACCAACCAGGCCACCUGGGGCGGCGCGCCGAUUCACAUCGUCACGUACUACCGGUACCUGCGCUUCUUCCGCGACGGCACCGCCAUCAGCCUGCUGACGACGCUGGAGCCCACCCACGUCGUGCACCACCUGACCGGGGACCUGCUGCGCCUGCACCGGGACAGCGACAACGCCCACGCGCACCUGCCGUCGGCGGCCAUGCAGCGCGCCUACAAGGGCCGGUGGCGGCUGUCCCUCGGCCCGGGGGGCGACACGGACGCCGAGCAGGCCGGUCCCCCCCGCGGCGAGGAGGGCGACGAGCAGCUGCGCGAGGGCGACGUGACGGUCGAGACCGAGGGCGUCGACCCCAAGUACAUGUUCAGGAUGGACCUGUCGCUUCGCACGGCCGGCAAGGCCGCGCGGAAUAAUAAGCUCGUGUGGAGGAGCUUCUUUAGCUACAAUAGGCUGACGGACGACUGGGCCGAGUUUACGCUCAAGCACGAUAAAGCAUUCUUCUUUAGCCGCGUGCGCAGUUACGGCGUGGGCGAGUGA